GACCCUCUUCACCGCCCCGCCAUUUAAAGCAGAACUUCUCUCUCCCCACCCGCUCUCUCUCUCUCCUCUUCGUCGACGCAGCGAAGGAAGCUGAGGAAACGGGGAGCGAAGCGAAAACCCUAGCAAUCGUUCUCCUCUCUCUAAUGGCGCACGAGGACCUCCCAAUCCCGAUCUUCUCCUCCCUCGAUCCGAUCUAUGGCGAAGGAUCUCACCUCGACGAGGCUAAGCUCCGAUUCGAUAGACUUAAAUCCAAGUUCGCCGAGGUGUUUGGGCACCAUCCAGAGGUCUACGCUCGAUCCCCAGGUAGGGUUAAUUUGAUCGGUGAGCAUAUAGAUUACGAGGGCUAUUCGGUCCUUCCGAUGGCCAUAAGGCAGGAUACGAUCGUGGCAAUCAGGAAGCGUGGAGCAGAGGAAUCCCCGAAGGUGCUUCAGAUCGCAAAUGUGAAUGAUAAGUACUCCAUGUGCACAUACGCUUCUGAUCCCAAUCAGGAGGUUGAUUUGAAGAACCACAAAUGGGGCCAUUAUUUUAUUUGUGGAUACAAAGGAUUCUAUGAAUAUGAUAAGUCGAAAGGAAUAGAUGUUGGUCCGCCAGUUGGCCUUGAUGUAAUUGUCGAUGGAAUUGUCCCUACAGGGUCAGGACUUUCAAGUUCGGCAGCAUUUGUUUGUUCAGCAACCAUAGCUAUCAUGGCUGUCUUCAACAUGAAUUUUCCAAAGAAAGAGAUUGCUCAGCUUACAUGUGACUGUGAACGCCACAUUGGAACACAAUCAGGAGGCAUGGACCAGGCGAUCUCCAUCAUGGCAAAAUCUGGAUAUGCUGAGCUAAUAGAUUUCAAUCCAAUCCGGGCAAGCGACGUGCAACUUCCAGCAGGUGGGACAUUUGUUAUUGCCCAUUCACUUGCAGAAUCUCAGAAAGCAGUUACUGCUGCAACGAAUUAUAAUAACCGUGUUGUGGAAUGUCGCUUGGCUGCUAUCGUCCUUGCUAUAAAACUAGGAAUGAAGCCAAAUGAAGCAAUCUUGAAAGUGAAAACCCUCUCUGAUGUUGAGCAGUUGUGCAUAUCAUUCGCUGAGAGUCGUGGAUCCGCCGAUCCUCAAGUUGCUGUGAAGGAGUUCCUAAAUGAGAAGCCCUAUACUGCAGAAGAUAUUGAAAAGAUAAUAUUGGAGCCCCUUACAUCGAUCCUAAAAAAUUCAGCUACUUCACUAGAUGUGCUAAAAGCUGCUAAGCAUUUUAAGCUAUUUCAGCGGGCCUCCCACGUCUACUCUGAAGCUAAGCGUGUCUAUGCGUUCAGGGAUACUGUUUUAGCAAAACUCAGUGAUGAUGACAAGCUCAGCAAACUUGGUGAUCUCAUGAAUGAGAGCCACCAUAGCUGCAGUGUUCUUUAUGAGUGCAGCUGCCCAGAGUUGGAAGAGCUUGUGAAAACCUGUCGAGAUAAUGGCGGGCUGGGGGCGAGGCUUACAGGUGCUGGUUGGGGCGGUUGUGCAGUCGCGUUGGUUAAAGAUAGUAUCGUUUCCCAGUUUAUAAUCAAGUUAAAGGAACUGUUCUACCAGUCAAGGAUUGACAGAGGUAUCAUUAACAAGAACGAAACCGAUCUGUAUGUCUUCGCAUCUAAGCCGUCAAGUGGAGCAGCAAUAUUUAAAUUUUAGAUCUUUUAUUUUGUUCUUCCAUUCUCUGCAUUUUCUUGUGUUUGCAUUUAUAUAUAGAGAGAGUAUGACUACUGUGCUAUUAAGAGCACAAUAAUUUGUGUGCUUUUAAGUUUCUAACUAUUUAUCAAUUUUAAUAGAUGAUUACGGUGAGAGAAAGAUUGUCACCCAUCAAAAUUUACGAAUAAUUUGAAAUUUAAAGUAUAAGUACUGAUGUACUUCUAAUAGCACAGUAGUCAUGCUCUCUCUCUCUAUAUAUAUAUAUAAUAAUAAUUGGGAUGAUGCGUCUCUUCUUAUCAUGAAUAAUGUAUAGCAAAUGCAGCUAAUAUGGCAUUUACAUGCUAGGGGUGAGAUGAGAAGCACAUAAUAAUACAUUGAUACUUAGCAUUAGAGAAGCAAUUAUCCCAUGAUGAUGUGAAGCAAUACACCAGUAUGUAACGAACAUAUAUUUUCCAUUCAAAACUCUGGCUAUUUGUGUA